AUGGCCCCAGAAAGCGUUGGGCCUGAAGUCCCCGGUAUGUAUGGUUUGUGCCAUUCACACACUACCAUUGUAAUGCGCAACAAAGCUGAGGAAUCAGUUGAAUGGGUUGUAAAGUGUGUAGCGUACGGUGGCACUGACAUUAUCUUAGAUGUAGACGGUGUAUAUUACUUGAAGGGAAGAGUAGUUGCUCUGAAUAAUAAAGAUAUUCAAAAGUUUUAUCAUGAGCCAGAUUUCCAAUUAUUGGCAAAUACCUCAGCAACCUUGAAUGUGGGUACUCAAGUGACAUUUGAAGUCAAAUAUUGGGUGAUGUGGUCUAAGCUUAUGGAAAAGUUGCAACCUCUCAUGACGGUUGGUAGGGAAGUGAUGCUUACUCAACACAUUGUGGGCCGUAAUGAGGAGCGCCAAAUGUGGAUCAUGCAGGUGACUGGGGUGAGCGUAACUUCAGGGUUGGAAAACUUUGUUCCAACUGCCCAAGUUGACCGAAACUCCACGCGGACUAUGCCUUGGGGUCAAGCUUGA